AUGACUUCAAGUAACAUUUCAGUUAAUAGGUGUACAAUGGCGUUGAGAAUUUUGUGUCUUCUCGGUUUUCUGACGUUCUGUCAUGCUGGAGUUCUUCCACUCUUUAAUUCCAAGAUUGUGGGUGGGGAAAAUGCUGAAGCAGGCGAAAUUCCAUAUCAAAUUUCUCUUCAAAUGAAACAUUCUUCCUUCCAUUUUUGUGGUGGAGCAAUCCUCAAUGAUAACUACGUUAUUACGGCAGCUCACUGCAUUAUAGACGUGAGAGCCGAAAAGAUAAAAGUUGUUGCUGGCACCAACGACUUAAAUAAUCCGAAAUCACAGCAUGAUGUCGUCAAAAUUAUUGUGCACGAAAAUUAUAACAUGUCUAAUUCUUGGAACAACGAUAUUGCUUUAUUGAAGGUGAAAACUCCCUUUGUAAAAUUUGUCACCGUAGGACAUGUUCCUCUGCCAUCAAAAGAUGACGUAGUUAAAGCUAAUGAUAUCGCUGUUGUGUCGGGAUGGGGUCUGCUCUGGAUUAACGGACCGAUCAGUACAAAGCUACAACGAGUCAACGUUUUCAUCGCUGAUCAAGAAUACUGUGAGUCUAUAUACAGGAAAAUAAAAACUGUUCAUCCCACGCAAGUUUGCGCAUACGAUCCGUCAAAUCAAAGAGGAAUGUGCAACGGUGAUUCUGGUGGCCCAUUGACUGUCAAUGGAAAACUCGUUGGAUUGGUAUCUUGGUCGCUAGGUUGCGCCGAUACCGAGUAUCCCGGCGUUUAUACACGUGUGGUAUCUUAUCUGGAUUGGAUUGCAAAUAACUCGGUCUAAAUCAAUCCUAUCCGUAUACUUUUAAUUCUAUCGAUCAAUUAUACUCUAUCCUUUGUUUCAAUUUCUAUCCUUAUUUUCUAAUUAUUGGUUCUUAAAAUAAAAAAAAAAUAUUUUUUUGAUGUAAAAACAAAUAUGUGAUAAGUAAUAACAAUGGAAUGUACAUAGAGUUGUACAUAGUAGGUGCUCUCAAAAUUCUUUACAUAUUUUCGAUAAAGUAAAUAUUAUUGAUUCAUUUAAAUAAAGCUACUAAAGAAAAACGUAAUCUUAUCAUUUUCUUUAUAACAUCUAAUAACUUUGAAAAUGUGAUAAGAAAAUAUAAAAUAACGCACAGUUUCAUCAAAAACCAGGCUACAUGAUCUCAAAAUU